AUGCAGCUCUCCUCUGUCGUAAGGGUGGUCAUUGGAUUCUGUGCCCUUGCCACAGUUGUUGCUAUAGUCACCCUUGUUUAUUUGGCUAUUGAGGUCAACAGAUUUUACGGCAAUGCUAUAGACGAAUUCCGGGAGUUCCAGGACCUAGCAAAUGAUAUCUGGUACAAAAUCAAUUUAGCCCCUUCCAAAUCCCAACGCUGGAAACGAACGAUUUUAUACAUCACAGGAAGAACUCGAAGAGGACGCGAAAGUCUUGCCCCGAUGUGCUACUGUGGAGAAGAGGAAAACUUGUGCCUUCCUGGGCCUCCAGGAGAACCUGGACCACCUGGCGAACCAGGCCUCGAGGGACUUCCUGGUAAGCCAGGUCGUAAGGGAGUCGACGGCAUAGAAAUCUCAUUCGGAGGAGGUGCGGCAGGCUGCAUCAGAUGUCCAGCCGGACCGCGUGGGGAAAGGGGACCUCAAGGACCACAAGGUCCUCGAGGCCGCCCUGGGAGAAAAGGAGUAAGUUUCCGAUCACGAGAAGGACCACCGGGACCGGAAGGUCCUAUGGGAGAUAUUGGCCCACCAGGCAAACAGGGACUUCCAGGAAUGAGUGGACCCGGUGGUGAGAAUGCAGUUUCCGUUAUAGGACGACCUGGACCUCCAGGACCGCCUGGACCAGAAGGUCCACCUGGCCCACCAGGUCCAAGUGGUACAGGAGAAGGAGAGCCAAAACCUGGUCCACCUGGGCCGCAGGGACCUCCCGGAAAACCUGGAGUGCCUGGGCCAGAUGGACCGGCUGGACCAGUAGGACCGCCAGGUCCAACGGGGCAAGAUGCAGCGUACUGUCCUUGCCCUCCGAGAACUUUGAAAUCUGCGAGGAUGAUCGAAUUUUACGACGACGUGGUAGAGCUCCAGGAUAAUAUCGAGGGUAGCUGA